AUUCGUGAUGGUGAAAAAAACCCUUUGCCCGAACUUUUAAGCCCCGGUACCUGAGUUUGUCACGGAGACACGCGCAGAAGCACAUACAAGAGAGAGAGAGAGAGAGAGAUGGUGUGUCCGACCUUCUACUCGAAGAAGAUCGAACCGUAGAACGUCAGAGCCUCCGUGGGCUCAUGCUGCUCACAGUUCCAGUUUUCCCAUGUCUUGGUCCUUGAGAUAGGGCUUUGAAGGCACAUGGGUUCCACCGGGCAGUCCAUCCGCUUCUGCGGCCCAGCGACCGCCGGCGGUGGCAGCAGCCUCGAUACACUCAACCGGAUUCUUGUCGAUCUCUGCACCACUGAGAACCCCAAGGAUGGGGCUGCAUUAGCGCUGAAGAAACAUCUGGAGGAAGAAGCUCGUGAUCUUAGUGGAGAAGCUUUUUCCCGUUAUAUGGACCAGUUGUAUGAUCGUAUUUUUGCUCUUUUAGGGAGUAGUAGCAUUGCUGAUAAUUUGGGAGCAUUAAGGGCCAUUGAUGAGCUGAUAGAUGUUGCACUUGGCGAGAGUGCAUCCAAGGUUUCAAGAUUCUCUAACUACAUGCGUACUGUAUUUGAGGCAAGGCGUAAUCGUGAAAUUUUAAUCCUUGCUAGUAGAGUUCUUGGCCAUAUUGCUCGGGCUGGUGGUGCAAUGACUGCAGACGAAGUGGAGCACCAGAUUAAAAAUGCACUAAGUUGGCUUCGUGGAGAUAGAGUUGAGUAUCGUCGUUUGGCUGCUGUCCUAAUCUUGAAAGAAAUGGCAGAAAAUGCAUCAACUGUUUUCAAUGUGCAUGUCCCUGAAUUUGUUGAUGUUAUCUGGGUUGCAUUGAGGGAUCCAAAUUUGGAUGUUCGAGAGCGGGCUGUGGAAGCACUGCGUGCUUGCCUUCGUGUUAUUGAGAAGCGUGAGACGCGUUGGCGGGUGCAAUGGUAUUAUCGUAUGUUUGAGGCUACACAAGAUGGAUUGGUUAAAAAUGCACCUGUCCAUAGCAUACAUGGCUCUCUACUUGCUGUUGGCGAGCUUUUAAGGAACACGGGAGAGUUCAUGAUGUCAAGGUACAGAGAAGUUGCGGAUAUUGUUGUAAAAUAUCUAGAGCACCGGGAUCGGCUUGUUCGUCUUAGCAUAACUUCAUUGCUGCCUCGCAUUGCUCAUUUCUUGCGUGACAGAUUUGUCACAAACUACUUACAGAUAUGCAUGAACCAUAUCCUUGCUGUUUUAAAAAUGCCAGCUGAACGUGCCAGUGGAUUCAUUGCUCUUGGGGAGAUGGCCGGUGCUUUGGAUGGGGAACUUGUUGAAUAUUUGCCGACAAUUACGUCUCACUUACGUGACGCAAUUGCUCCUCGUAAGGGCAGACCGUCACUGGAGGCUUUGGCCUGUGUUGGAAGCCUGGCAAAAGCCAUGGGAUCUCAUAUGGAAACUCACAUACGUGGUCUUUUGGAUGUGAUGUUCUCAGUUGCUCUUUCCCCUGUGCUUGUUGAAGCACUCGAGCAAAUCACUGUCAGCAUUCCAUCCUUGCUGCCCACCAUUCAAGAUAGGAUGCUUGAUUGCAUUUCUGUAGCACUUUCGAAAUCUCAUUACCCUCAGGCAAGGCCAGCAGUUGCCGUGGUUCGAGGAAAUACACUUAAUAACCCUCUGCAAGUUUCAGAGCUCAGUGGGCCUGCCCUCGUGCAACUUGCUUUGCAAACGCUUGCUCGUUUUAAUUUCAAGGGCCAUGAGCUUCUCGAGUUUGCAAGAGAAUCAGUUGUUGUGUAUUUGGAUGAUGAAGAUGGUGCCACACGGAAAGAUGCCGCUCUGUGUUGUUGCAGAUUAGUUGGAAAUUCCUUUGGUGGUAUAACCUGUACACAGUUCAGUUCUAGUAGGUCCAAUCGAGCUAAUGGAAAGAGAAGGCGUCUUGUUGAAGAGAUUGUGGAAAAGCUUCUCAUUACGGCUGUUGCUGAUGCUGAUGUUGUUGUUCGACAUUCAAUUUUUUCUUCUCUGCACGCAAAUGGAGGGUUUGAUGAAUUUUUAGCCCAGGCUGAUUGUUUAAGUGCUGUUUUUGCUGCUUUAAAUGAUGAGGACUUUGAAGUUAGAGAAUAUGCAAUCUCAGUGGCUGGGAGAUUAUCAGAAAAAAAUCCAGCAUAUGUUCUUCCUGCACUUCGUCGCCAUCUUAUACAGUUGUUGACAUAUUUAGAGCAAAGCAGUGCAGAUGGAAAAUGCAGGGAGGAAAGUGCUAAGUUACUGGGUUGCUUGAUUCGUAACUGUGAACGACUAAUACUUCCAUACAUUGCUCCUAUACACAAGGCACUUGUUGCAAAACUCUGUGAGGGCACUGGGGUCAAUGCUAAUAAUGGGAUCAUCAGCGGAGUUCUUGUCACUGUUGGGGAUCUUGCUAGGGUGGGUGGUUUUGCUAUGAGGCAAUAUCUUUCAGAACUAAUGCCACUAAUUGUUGAUGCUUUAUUGGACGGAGCUGCUGUCACAAAGCGUGAAGUUGCUGUGUCCACUCUUGGUCAAGUUGUACAGAGCACUGGGUAUGUAAUUGCUCCAUAUAAUGACUACCAGCUGUUGCUUGGGUUACUUUUGAAAUUGCUGAAUGGAGAGUUAGCAUGGUCUACCAGGCGGGAAGUAUUGAAGGUCCUUGGGAUUAUGGGUGCUCUGGAUCCCCAUGUGCAUAAGCGCAACCAGCAAAGCUUGCCUGGGUCACAUGGAGAAGUUACCCGUGCAGCUAGUGACACAGGUCAACACAUUCGUUCUAUGGAUGAAAUACCUAUGGACCUCUGGCCAUCUCUUGCAACAUCGGAAGAUUAUUUUUCAACGGUUGCUAUCAACUCACUUAUGCGAAUUCUUAGGGAUCCCUCCCUUUCUAGUUACCAUCAAAAGGUGGUUGGAUCUCUUAUGUUCAUUUUUAAGUCAAUGGGUCUAGGCUGUGUUCCAUACUUAUCAAAGGUUUUGCCUGAUCUUUUUCACACCGUUCGAACAUGCGAAGAUGGUCUCAAGGAAUUUAUAACAUGGAAACUUGGAACUUUGGUGUCAAUUGUGCACCAGCAUAUUCGUAAAUAUUUGCCAGAGUUGCUGACUCUUAUUUCAGAAUUAUGGUCAUCGUUCAGUUUGCCUGCUACCAAUCGUCCUGUACAUGGCUUACCUAUUCUUCAUCUGGUGGAACAGCUAUGCUUAGCACUGAAUGAUGAAUUUAGAAAAUAUCUACCUGAUAUUCUUCCAUGUUGUAUUCAAGUUCUGAGUGAUGCUGAACGGUGUAAUGACUACACUUAUGUUCUAGAUAUUCUUCACACCCUUGAAGUGUUUGGUGGGACAUUGGAUGAGCACAUGCACCUACUUCUUCCUGCACUAAUCAGAUUGUUUAAAGUAGAUGCUUUGGUUAACAUAAGGCGUGCCGCUAUCAAAACUCUUACACAGUUGAUUCCUCGGGUGCAGGUUAUUGGUCACAUAUCAACUCUGGUGCAUCACCUGAAACUAGUUUUGGAUGGAAAGAGUGAUGAGCUUAGAAAGGAUGCUGUUGAUGCGCUUUGUUGCCUUGCUCAUGCCCUGGGAGAAGAUUUCACCAUUUUUAUCCCGUCAAUCCACAAACUAAUGUUGAAACAUCACCUGCGGCAUAUGGAUUUUGAAGAAAUUGAAGGGCGCUUACAGAGGCGUGAGCCGCUUAUCUUGGGAAGCAGGACUAUCCAAAAAUUAAGCAGAGAGUAUCUGGUGGAGGUUAUUAGCGACCCAUUAAAUGAUUUUGAGAAUGACCCCUAUGAGGAUGGGUCUGAUUCUCAGAGACAGCUUAAAAGCCACCGGGUUAAUGAUAUUCGAUUACGGUCUGCUGGAGAGGCUUCCCAGCGUAGUACCAAGGAAGACUGGGCAGAAUGGAUGAGGCAUUUUAGCAUCCAACUUUUAAAAGAAUCACCUUCUCCAGCUUUACGUACCUGUGCAAGGCUUGCUCAGUUACAGCCUUUUGUUGGCCGGGAGUUGUUUGCAGCUGGCUUUGUUAGCUGUUGGGCACAACUGAAUGAAAAUAGUCAAAAAGAGUUAGUUCGGAGUUUGGAGUUAGCAUUUUCAUCUCCGAAUAUUCCUCCUGAAAUUCUUGCAACACUUCUGAACUUGGCUGAAUUCAUGGAGCAUGAUGAGAAACCUCUUCCUAUAGAUAUCCGCUUGCUUGGUGCUCUUGCUGAAAAAUGCCGUGCAUUUGCAAAAGCUCUGCACUAUAAAGAAAUGGAAUUUGAAGGAGCUCGGUCAAAAAAGAUGGAUGCAAACCCUGUUGCUGUCGUUGAAGCUCUGAUACAUAUAAAUAAUCAGUUACACCAGCAUGAGGCUGCAGUUGGAAUAUUGACUUAUGCGCAGCAACAUUUGGAUGUUCAAUUGAAAGAGUCAUGGUAUGAAAAACUGCAGCGGUGGGAUGAUGCGCUCAAGGCAUACACUGCCAAAGCAUCUCAAGCAUCAAGUGCACACCUUGUUCUGGAUGCUACAUUAGGGCGAAUGCGAUGCCUUGCUGCCUUGGCUCGCUGCGAAGAACUUAACAACCUGUGUAAGGAAUAUUGGACCCCAGCAGAGCAAGCUGCUCGAUUGGAAAUGGCACCAAUGGCUGCUAAUGCUGCAUGGAACAUGGGAGAGUGGGAUCAAAUGGCAGAAUAUGUUUCUCGGUUGGACGACGGGGAUGAAACCAAACUUCGAGGAUUAGGAAACACUACUUCUAGUGGUGAUGGAAGUAGUAAUGGUACAUUUCUCAGGGCUGUUUUAUUGGUUCGUCGUGGGAAGUAUGAUGAAGCGCGUGAGUUUGUUGAGAGAGCAAGGAAAUGUUUGGCGACAGAGCUUGCUGCUUUGGUUCUAGAGAGCUAUGAACGUGCCUACAGCAACAUGGUCCGUGUUCAGCAGCUGGCUGAAUUGGAGGAGGUUAUUGAUUACUGUACUCUUCCAGUGGCAAACCCUGUUGCUGAAGGGAGGCGAGCCCUUAUUCGUAAUAUGUGGAAUGAGCGCAUACAAGGAGCAAAAAGAAAUGUUGAGGUCUGGCAGGCACUUUUGGCAGUUAGAGCGCUUGUGCUACCCCCAACUGAAGAUAUAGAAACAUGGCUUAAGUUUGCUUCACUCUGCCGCAAGAGUGGACGAAUCAGUCAAGCAAGAUCUACUUUAGUUAAACUCCUACAGUAUGAUCCUGAAAUAUCAUCUGAAAGUGUGCGGUAUCGAGGACCACCUCAAGUUAUGCUGGCAUACCUAAAAUACCAAUGGUCACUGGGGGAGGACACAAAGCGAAAGGAAGCAUUCUUAAGGUUGCAGGAUCUGAGUAGAGAGCUUUCAAGUGCACCAAAUAUUCAAUCAAUUACCCCUACUGGCUUAACUAGCAGUUCAAGCUCAAAUGUUCCACUGCUUGCUCGUGUAUAUCUUACACUUGGAACGUGGCAGUGGGCACUUUCUCCUGGUUUGGAUGAUGAUUCUAUACAAGAAAUCCGUAACUCAUUUAGGAAUGCCACCCAGUGUGCCACAAAAUGGGCAAAUGCAUGGCAUGCAUGGGCACUGUUUAAUACUGCAGUGAUGUCUCAUUAUACUUUGAGGGGCUUCCCUGCAAUUGCAGCUCAGUUUGUUGUUGCAGCAGUAACUGGAUACUUUCAUUCAAUAGCAUUUGCAGCAAAUGCGAAAGGAGUGGAUGAUAGUUUGCAGGAUAUACUUCGUCUUCUCACAUUAUGGUUUAACCAUGGAGCUACCACAGAGGUUCAAAUGGCACUACAGAAAGGUUUUGCACAUGUUAAUAUCAACACAUGGCUGGUUGUUUUGCCCCAAAUUAUUGCCAGGAUACAUUCAAAUAACCAUGCUGUAAGAGAAUUGAUUCAGUCUCUUCUGGUGCGCAUUGGGCAAAAUCAUCCACAGGCUCUUAUGUACCCUCUUCUUGUUGCUUGUAAAUCCAUAAGCACUUUACGCAGAGCUGCAGCUCAAGAAGUGGUUGACAAGGUUCGACAGCAUAGUGGGGUACUUGUUGAUCAGGCACAACUUGUAUCGAAGGAGUUAAUCAGGGUUGCAAUACUAUGGCAUGAGAUGUGGCAUGAGGCAUUGGAAGAGGCUAGUCGUUUGUAUUUUGGUGAGCACAAUAUUGAGGGUAUGCUAAAGGUGUUGGAGCCAUUGCAUGUAAUGAUUGAGGAAGGAGCAAUGACAAAUGAUACGACAAUUAAAGAGAAGGCAUUCAUUCAGGCAUAUCGCAAUGAAUUACUUGACGCCUAUGAAUGCUGUAUGAAAUAUAAGAUUACUGGAAAAGAUACUGAACUUAAUCAGGCUUGGGAUCUCUAUUAUCAUGUAUUCAGACGAAUAGAUAAGCAACUUCAAAGUCUUACCACUCUGGAUUUGCAGGCAAUUUCUCCAGCAUUGGUAGAAUGUCACGAUUUGCAGCUUGCUGUUCCUGGGACAUAUCGUGCAGAAGCACCUGUGGUGACGAUUGCAUCAUUCGCUCCCCAGCUUGAUGUCAUUACUUCCAAGCAGAGGCCCCGGAAAUUGACAAUUCAUGGCAGCGAUGGAGAAGAUUAUGCCUUCUUGCUAAAGGGACAUGAAGACUUGCGUCAGGAUGAACGUGUUAUGCAGCUUUUCGGUUUGGUGAACACUUUACUGGGGAAUUCUAGGAAAACAGCAGAAAAAGAUCUCUCUAUCCAACGAUAUGAUGUCAUUCCAUUAUCUCCAAACAGUGGGUUAAUUGGAUGGGUUCCUAAUUGUGAUACUCUCCACCAUCUCAUUCGGGAGUACAGGGAAGCAAGAAAGAUUACUUUGAAUCAAGAGCACAAACAUAUGCUUAGUUUUGCUCCAGAUUAUGACCAUUUGCCCCUCAUAGCUAAGGUGGAAGUGUUUGAAUAUGCUUUGCAAAAUACCGAGGGAAAUGACCUGGCUCGGGUUCUUUGGUUAAAAAGUCGAACUUCUGAGGUCUGGCUAGACAGGAGAACAAAUUAUACUAGAAGCUUGGCUGUCAUGAGCAUGGUUGGAUACCUUCUCGGCUUAGGUGAUCGACACCCAAGCAAUCUUAUGCUGCACCGCUAUAGUGGGAAAAUCUUGCACAUUGAUUUUGGGGACUGCUUUGAAGCUUCAAUGAAUCGGGAGAAAUUCCCUGAAAAGGUUCCCUUCCGCUUGACUAGAAUGCUUGUGAAAGCCAUGGAGGUUAGUGGCAUUGAGGGCAACUUUCGUUCAACUUGCGAAAAUGUGAUGCAAGUUCUCCGAACACACAAGGAUAGUGUAAUGGCCAUGAUGGAGGCCUUUGUUCACGAUCCUUUAAUAAAUUGGCGUCUUUUCAACUUCAAUGAGGUUCCUCAAAUGACAAAUUUGGUAAGCAACCAUGUUCCUCCUGUUGUUAAUUGUGAAGAAACUGCUCUAAAUAAAGAGCUUCCUCAACCUCAACGGGGUGCUCGCGAGAGAGAACUUCUUCAGGCUGUGAAUCAACUGGGUGAUGCUAAUGAGGUUUUGAAUGAGCGUGCCGUUGUUGUUAUGGCUCGGAUGAGUAAUAAACUUACUGGGCGUGAUUUUUCUACCUCUUCUUCCGUACCCACUAGUUCAAUCCCGAAUGCACUGGACCAUAAUACCUUGAUUUCUGGAGAUGCUCGUGAGGUGGAUCAUGGUUUAUCUGUUAAACUUCAAGUUCAGAAGUUGAUUAUUCAAGCUAUGUCACACGAAAAUUUGUGCCAAAAUUAUGUUGGGUGGUGUCCUUUCUGGUGAGCAGAAGACCAUGCCUACAGUGUAUAUUUGUACAUAUAUUUAAUUUGCCUGAUCUCUUUUGCUGUAAUUAAUGUAUAGUUAAGUUUCGAUCAAUUAAAGACCCGUAUGGUUAGUGCUCUCCCUGUAACCUGUAUCAAGGCAAUGUUUAAUUAGGUUAAUGUGAUGUGUUUGGGAGCAAAUUUAGAGGGUAAAAAAAAAAAAAAGGUUUAGUUCUUUAGAUGUAUAUAUAUCUAAUCAUAAAAAUUUCUGAGAUUACAGUGUGCAUUUGACAAGUAUUUUAAAUUAUUAAAUUUGAAUUACAUGUAUUUAUAAA